UGUUUCUACAUCAGCAGCUCCUACAAAUGCAAGAACAGUUUCGUACCAACCGCGAUAUGGAGUGCAUCAUGACCACAGAGACAGGACUCCACAACCAGCCAUUCACAACUCCAGCCAACAAGUGGCCUGUAACUCGGUAGCCGCUGCUCAGAGCCAGAAGCUAGACAACACUCAAGCUGACAAUGAGAAUAUUUCAGAAGUCAAAGACGAAUACCUGCUGUUUCUAAAGGACCAGCGAGCCGAGUUAAUUGAUAAAGUAAAAAAUGUGGUUAGAAUAGUGGAUGACCUUGAGCUAGCCAAUGAAAAAGCAGCAAUUGUACGAGCACAGCUGACCGACCAGGCCAUGAUGAGGAAACUUCUGGAGUUUACAACCAGCACACGUGCUGCAGAGCUCCUGGUUAAUGUCUUGUGGGAACAAGCAGGUGAUGUCAUGGAUGAUCUUACUGAUGCUGGAGAUGAUUAUGGAGAUGAUGCUGGAGAUGAUGCUGAUGCUAGAAAUGAUUCUGGAGACGAUGCUGAUGCUGGAGAUGAUGCUGGAGAUGAUGCUGGAGAUGAUGCCGGAGAUGAUGCUGAUGCUAGAGAUGAUGCUAGAGUUGAUUCUGGAGAUGAUUCUGGAGAUGAUGCUGGAGAUGAUGCUGAUGCUAGAGAUGAUGCUAGAGAUAAUGCUACAGAUGAUUCUGGAGAUGAUGCUGGGAAAUAAGCAUUAGCAUGAAACAUUAAAAUUGUUCUGAUAUAAUGUAAAUGGAUAAAGAAGAUAAAUAAGAUUUACUUUACAAGUAAUUAUAUUUUAAUCAUGUUUUCACCGGAGAUACAGUAGAUUGUCUUGGCUAAUAUUUACUGUAGGAAGACUGAUGGAUACUGUGACUGAGUAAGUGAGUGUUUAAUUACUGGGAUUUUACCCAACUUCAUCAUCUAAUGACAACUUUGUCUAUGUAAGUUUUUUAUUUAGUGGAUUAAAUUGAUAUGUUUUUAUACCAAUCCUACG